CUAUGACAGACAUAUACAACCAACAACGACAGAAAUACAAAAAGUAUAUAUUUGGCCUUUCUUUUUCUUUUUUUUUUUCCCUUUGCAAAUUGCAACGUAUUACUCUACACAAGAAUUGUCUUGAUUUAUCACUAUAACAAAGCAUAAUACUCGUUGUUACCAUUUGUACAUAGAUAUGGCAUCCUUACAAUCGAAAACACCUGCUAGGCUCGAUCAACAUGGCAACAAGGUAGCCUCUUCGAUGACUAGAGAAGACCUUAUGCUGCUUGCUCAAAGUGAAUAUGCACGACAAUUAUGCAAUUUUACAAAAACGCAGCUGAUGCAAAAAGUGCCUUGUUACACUGACAAACACAAAUUAGGGAAAGAAAACUUCUCUUCUGUGAAGGCAGCACAACAAUAGAAAAAAAUACACUGUUAUAUGCUUACCAUGCCUAAGCAAGCAGAAAAAAAAAAAAAAAAAAAAAAA